AAGAAAUUUGUCAUUUUCGCAUCUCAUCAUCUCCAUCCACCGGUGUUUUUACUUUUCCUCUCUUUUUGACUCCCCAAAACACACACACGUAUACGACAUAUACAUACACUCUUCCCUAUAUCUAUACACCGACUUCCCGGAACCAUGUCAUCGCCGCCGGAAGAGCUGCCGGAUCCGCCGGCGACCAAAGAAAUGUUGCAUAAAACCAAACUGAUUCAGUUUUUGGGGAGAAAUACGCCGAUUAUUCUGCAGAAUGAUAAUGGACCCUGCCCUCUUCUCGCUAUCUGUAACGUUCUCUUGCUCAGAAACAAUUUGAAUCUGAGUGCGGAUGUUGCUGAAGUAUCACAGGAGAAGCUACUUUCACUUGUGGCAGAACGGUUGAUCGAUUCCAACAGCAAUGUUAAUAAUAAAGAUGUAGGGUACAUUGAAAAUCAACAACAGAACAUUUCCGAUGCCAUUGAUUUGCUCCCACGACUUACAACUGGCAUUGAUGUUAACUUAAAAUUCACACGAAUUUCUGAUUUUGAGUUCACUAGAGAGUGUGCAAUAUUCGAUUUAUUGGACAUACCACUUUACCAUGGUUGGAUUGUUGAUCCUCAGGAUUCUGAAACCGCUGAAGCCAUUGGGCUAAAGUCCUACAAUACACUGAUGGGAGAACUUGUUGCACUUGAUACCCAAAAUCCGCAAAGUGAAGUAAAGAACCCGAACCCCGAAGAAGAUUUUGUUGAUUUUGCUGCCGCAACGACAGCGAGUUUAGGUGUCCCUUCACCUUCCCUAUCUACAACAAAAUCUUUCGAUGAGAAAAAGGAAAGAAAAGGAGAUCUUGAAGAGGAAGAAGAGCUGUUGAGAGCCUUGAAGCUAUCAGAGACUGAAAAUGAUGUAGCUGUUAAUACGUCUAAGAAUAACCCAUCUGAAAAUUCAAAUGAUCCAUCUCUUGAAGAAAAACAAAAGCCCGAAAAUGAUGACGGUUUAACCUUUCAAACGGAUCGGGUGCAACAUGUUAGCUCUCCUUUGCAAGAUAAACUUCAUGAUCAAAAUGAGGGAGCAUCUGAGAAGCAUGAUACGUUGAUUAAAUCAGAAAAGGACACGGACGGUCAAGAUGAAUCAGAUCUUGCGCCACCUGUCAAUACCAAUGUGGACAAUUCUUCGGUUAAGAAGAAGAUACAUGAUGAGGAAAAAAUAGAUUUUGCACUGACUGUCAAUACCAAUGUGGAUAAUUCUUCGGUUGAGAAGAUACAUGAUCAGGAAAAAUCAGAUCUUGCGCCACCUGUCAAUACGCAUGUAGAUAAUCCUCCAAUUGAAAAGAUACAGGAUCAAUCAGUUGAGGGCAAUGUUGUAAAUUUGGAAUCAUCGAAGGACCUAAUGCAAUCCAACGAUGAAUCCGAGUCCAAGUGCUUAACUGAAAGUGGUGAUGGAAGUGAACCCAUUUAUGAAGGUGAAGAACACAUACAGGAAACGAGCACUGCAAAUUAUGAAAAUCGUGAACCAGUGUAUGAAGGUGAGGUCGUUUUAGCAGGACAAGUGGAUAAGGUUAGUAGUAAUGCAGAUGAGGUAAAGGGCAAGGAUGGAAUUACACCUAAGCAAGGGGAACUAAUCAGGAAUUUUCUGAAGAAUAGUGCAAAUCAGCUCACUAUAUAUGGGUUAUUUUCCUUGCAAGAUGGGCUAAAAGAACGUGAGUUAUGUGUGUUCUUCCGGAAUAAUCACUUCAACACAAUGUUCAAGUUUGAGGGAGAAUUAUAUCUUUUAGCUACAGAUCAAGGCUAUAUUAAUCAACCUGAUUUGGUGUGGGAAAAGCUUAACGAGGUAAAUGGAGAUACAGUAUAUAUGACAGGUAGUUUUAAGGAAUUUAAUGCUGAAAAUCCUGAACCGCGUUCAUGGGAUGAGCAGAAUGCAUUGGCCACUACUGCUGAUUAUAUUGCAAGCAUUGAUAACGCAGCACAAGAGAACACCAGCUUUAACUCGGAUUUGCAGCUGGCUAUAGCUCUUCAACAACAAGAAUUUGAUCAGCAACAACAGCAGCAGCAGCAGCAGCAGACACAACACAAGUUGCCACAAUCAAGCGCUGUUGGACAGUCGGGGCUUGUUACAGGUCCACAGGCUGUUUUUGAAUUUUGCAGCAUGUGCAGCCUUCAAGGCCGCGAAACUCAUCGUCAUCAAAACAAGAAUCAAAGUCAUCAAAGGAUAAAUGCUGUGUGAUGUGAAGAUAGCAAAAUCCAAAGGUUUUUUCUGUAAAUGUUUGCAUUGUAUUUUGACAUUUUCAACUUUGUUUAACAUCCCAAAUAUCAACUUUUAACAUGAAUAAAUCUCAAGGGUUGUAGAAUUUUUCUUAA